ACUGACAAUACGACGAGAAGGGAAACGUAGGAAUUCAGCAGCAAAAAAUAUCACAAAUCCCGUGUUGCGAGCAUUUUUAUCACGACGUAUGAACGAUGAUUAUUCAAGCAGAAAUCGUGCUAAAUAUGGUUUUGGUGAUUAUCAUACCUACGAUGAGAUGAUUAAUUGGAUGAAAGAAAUUGAAUACAAUUAUCCAUCGAUGACAAAAACUUUUAGUAUUGGCAAAACACACGAAGGACGUGAAAUUGUUGGAAUUAAGAUUGGUAAUCCAAUAAAUCGAACAGAUAAACGAAUAAUAUGGAUUGAUGGCGGAAUUCAUGCUCGAGAAUGGGCAGCUGUUCAUACAGCAUUAUAUUUCAUUGACCAGCUUAUAUCAGACUAUGGAAUUGAUCCAAAAAUUACUGCAUACAUUGAUACAUUAAACUUUUACAUAACACCUGUGCUUAAUCCAGACGGUUUUGAAUAUUCGCAAUCUGACGAUUCACCACAGACGAGAUUUUGGCGUAAAAAUCGUGGACCUCAGACCUGUUUUAAAGAUCAUUGGCGACGUGAAAGAUGUUGCAGCGGUGUUGACUUAAAUCGUAAUUUUGAUUUUCAUUGGGGAGAAACAGGUUCAAGCAAUGAUAUCUGCUCAGAAAUAUAUCAAGGCAGUGCUGCUUUUAGUGAACCUGAAUCCAGAGCUAUUCGAGAUAAAGUAUUAUCACCGGAACUCAGUGGUAAAACUGACGCAUUUAUAACAUUGCAUACCUACUCACAAAUGUGGAUACAUCCAUAUAACCACCAAAAACAUUCUGUACCCGCUGAUAUCAACGAUUUGGAAUACGUCGGUAAACUAGGAGUUAAAGCAUUAGAGGAAGUAUAUGGUACAAAAUAUCGUUUUGGCACUGGAGCCGACAUAUUAUAUCCGUCUGCUGGUGGAUCAGAUGAUUGGGCAAAAGCAAAAGCCAAUAUUAAAUAUGUUUAUCUGCUGGAGCUUCGUCCUGGCGAAGAUGAAUGGGAUGGAUUUUUGUUGGACAAACGUCAACUGAUACCAACAGGACGAGAAACUUGGGCAGGCGUUAAAGUUGUAAUUGAUGCAGUGAUGGAUUCAUUGAGUAUGUCGCCAAUUUAUCAUUUAUAGAC